AUUUCUUGAAAAGCAUAAAAUUGAAUUAUUGAAUGUAGAAUUUUUUUUUCUUUUUUCUGACAGAAACUACUAAGAAAUAAAAUAUCAUAAGUAAAAUAAUAUUUUUGUUUCUGAUACAAAUCAAAAAAGAAAGUGAAUCACCACCAACAAGGAGUGUAGUGUUGGAGAGAAUGAGCAUAGCUGUUGAAGUUGUGGUGGCUCUUGGAGCAGUUUUGUUUGGAUUGAUUCAUUUUUUGAAUGUUUUGGUUUUGAGACCAAAAUCACUAAGAUCAAAGCUUCAUAAGCAGGGUAUUCAUGGCCCUACUCCUCACUUCUACUUUGGUAAUAUCCAAGAAAUGAAGACCCUUUUGCUCCAACAACAAGAAUCACAAGCCAAACAAAAACAAGAAAAAGAAGAUGAAGAUGUUUGUGUUUCUAUAUCUCAUAAUUGGACUUCAACUUUGUUCCCUCAUAUUCACAAAUGGAGAAAACAAUAUGGUCCUACAUACUUGUUUUCUUCUGGGAGUGUACAACGGUUAAUGGUGACAGAUAUGGAGUUGGUGAAGGAAAUUCUCCUAAACACCUCUUUGAAUCUAGGAAAACCUUCUUAUCUUUCCAAAGAUAUGGGUCCACUCCUAGGCCAAGGUAUAGUAUCAUCAAGUGGGCCUAUUUGGGUUCAUCAGAGGAAGAUAAUCGCGCCUGAAUUGUACCCUGACAAGGUCAAGGCAAUGAUUGAUCAAAUAGUUGACUCCACAUAUAUAAUGGUAAGAUCUUUGGAGAGUAGAAUAGAAAGAGACGGAGUAGUCUCAGAGAUUAAAAUCGAUGAAGAUCUGCGAAGCUUGUCUGCUGACAUAAUUGCUAGAGUUUCUUUUGGGAGCAAUUAUGUCCAAGGGAAAGAAAUAUUCACAAAGAUUGGAGAUCUUCUAAAACUCCUCUCCAAAAUAUAUAUUGGAAUUCCGGGCUUUAGAUACUUGCCAAACGAAAACAAUAGACAGAUAUGGAGAUUAGAAAAAGAGAUUAACUCAAAUAUAUCAAAGCUUGUAAAACAGCGCCAAGAAGGAGGUCGUGAGCAAGAUCUCUUGCAAAUGAUACUUGAGGGUGCAAAGAAUUGUGAGGGCAGUGACAGCUUCUUAUCAAGUUCAAUCUCACAAGACAGGUUCAUUAUAGAUAACUGCAAAACUAUAUUCUUUGCUGGACAUGAUACUACUUCAAUUACAGCAUCGUGGUGCUUAAUGUUGUUAGCUACAUACCAAGAUUGGCAAGAUUGUGCUCGUGCAGAGGUGCUUGAAGUUUGCGGAAAUGGUAUUCCAGAUGCAAGUAUGCUUAGAAGCAUGAAAACGUUAACCAUGGUGAUUCAAGAGACUUUGAGGCUUUAUCCGCCAGCAGUAUUUGUCACCAGAACAGCUUUACAAGAUAUUAACAUAAAAGGUAUCGAAGUUCCAAAAGGAAUAAAUAUUCAGAUUCCAAUCUCAAUAUUGCAGCAUGACACUGAUAUUUGGGGACCUGAUGCCCUCGAGUUCAAACCAGAAAGAUUUGCAAAUGGCGUGAUUGAAUCCUGCAAGAUUCCACAAGCUUAUAUGCCAUUUGGAAUAGGCUCCCGUGUCUGUCCCGGACAGCAUUUAUCCAUGAUAGAAUUGAAGGUGUUUUUGUCUCUCAUUCUGUCAAAGUUUCGCUUCUCUCUUUCAUCUAGUUAUGUUCAUUCACCGGCCUUUCGGUUGCUUAUAGCGCCUGGCAAGGGAGUUGUUCUCAAUAUGACAAGAAUUUAAGCAAGGAUGUAACUAAAAUGCUUCUCACCUUGUUCUUUGAUGCUCUACUUAUUAUAGGGCUUAGAAAGGUUGUUAUAGGAAUAAGACAGAGUUUUGUUUAAAAUGGAUAAUGAGAACAUAAGCAAUGCUAUUUUUACUUAGGUCUUAUGAACCAUUUGCUUUCUCAUUUUAAAGUGUGUUUUUAUCAUAUUGAUUAUGCUCUUAAGUCCUUACUCUUACACAGCAA